ACUCUUUAAUCGUCGAUCAGAGCGACAGCGCAUGAACAGUGGCACAUGCUACCAUAGAAACAUUCGCACUAAAUUGUGUGCUCAGAGUUGUUAACGGUUAUAGUUAGAAUGUUUAGUUUAAACAAGAAACUGUGCUUGUUUUCAUGAACUAGACAAAUUUCCAUUCACCCUUCAGUGUCAUCAGUAAUCUCAAAAAGGAAAUGUCACCUUUCACUUAAUUAAUGACGUACCAAUAAACCAAUUCCAAUCACGUGCCGAUAAACACCAAGUAACUUAAAUCCGCGUCGGACGACUUAAAUAUUUGUGCCUAUAAAGUUAUAAACGGUUUCUACCUGAGUCUCUUGUUAAAAUGGUUUCGGUUAAGAUCACAGUUCUAUUGGCUUUGCUGAUCUUUGUUCAUCAGAGUGACGCUUGGCGAAGACGUCGCCGUCGCAGAUGUCCAGUGCGAGAUUGUCAAGUCAGUUCUUGGACGGCUUGGAGUUCGUGCAGCGAAUCGCAAUGCGGACGACAAGGAUCACAAAGCAGAUCAAGAUGGAGAAAAUCAUCCCCAUCCUGUGGUGGAGCACAGUGCCCUGACUUGUAUGAAACACGCUCUUGUUACGCAAGUACGCCAGUUGACUGUGAACUAAGCUCGUGGUCGGAGUGGAGUGCCUGCACCACUCCUUGUGGCGUGUCAGGAACACAGCACAGCGCUCGUCAUAGGUUGGUGACCGAGCAAUGUGGAGGAACAUGCACUUCUACAUUUCGUAAAACACGAGCCUGUUCAGACCUCAGCUGUUUGAACGGAGGAAGUUUAAAAGAUGGUUCAUGUCUGUGCAAGGAAGGAUAUUCUGGAUAUUGCUGCGAGAAAGGAGAAGAUAAAGAGAAGAUGAACUGCCAGUUGAGCCCCUGGUCUGAGUGGGGUUCUUGUACCACUCCGUGUGGCGUCUCUGGAACACAGACCAGCUCUCGUCACAGGACAGUUAUGGAGCAGUAUGGCGGAACAUGCGCGUCUACUUUUCAAAAGACGCGAGCGUGUCUGAAACAGUUGAGCUGCAUGAACGGAGGAACUUUGCAGUAUGGAACGUGUUCUUGUAAGGAAGGUUAUUCUGGGCAUUGCUGCGAAGUAGGCCCUUUAAAACAUUGGUUUUGGAAGAUUUUUCCGCCUUGUAUGGCAGUAAUCUUCGUCGUUGUACUGUGCAUGAUAUAUCGUAAGUGCAAGAACAAUAAUGUAGGCCCUAGCGGUUAAUAAUAAUGGCACACUGUAACCUUUUCACAAGCAUGUCAAUGGUCCAAAGAAGCAAAAUAACGCCCCGUCCACACUAUUAUGUUUUGAUUUGAAAACGUAUACAUUUUGAUGCAUUUUUGCCUACCGUCCAUCGUCAUCAUCGCCGGGAAACGAAUGCAGAGUGGAGACAAUGAAAUUUGAAGUUCAAGUUUCUUUAUUCACACACAACAACAAUAAUAACAACAACAAAAUAUAUAGAUUAUACAGCGAUUUGGAACGGAGCCCUAUCGAAUAAGUAUUGACAGUGGAAACGUAGGCAUUCGUAAACGCUGACGCCAUUCAUGUCAUGUGUACGUGUGCAAAUGACGAUUGUGGUGUUUUCUCGUAGUAUAUCAUCGUUAUCGAGCCUCUUAGUGUGGACGGGGAAAACGCUACGAAAACGUUUGGACGGACUGAGAGCGUAUUUGGC